AUGGAGCCACUUGUUGCACUCCUGCAUAUGGUAAUGGCCAUCAUGACUUUCUCUAAAGCCAAUGAGACUGUAUGUCAUCUGCGUGGAGAGCCUGCAUAUCCUCAGCUGUGGAAAGAUGGAGACAUUGUACUUGGAGGGGUUUUUUCCUUCCAUAGCAGCUGGGAGGUCAGACAGCUGGCGUAUACAGUUACUCCACCUCCACUGGAGUGCAUCAAUCUUAAUUUCAGGGACUUCCAGUAUGCCCAGUCAAUGCUCUUUGCAAUAGAGGAGAUUAACAACAGCACCACUUUGCUGCCAGGGGUCUCGUUGGGCUACAAGAUCUACGACACAUGUGGCUCUGUGGCUGUGGGGGUUAAGGCAGCUAUGGCCCUUGCUAAUGGGUUUGAGAAAACAUCAGUUGAAGGACCCUGCACAAAGCAAUCUGAGGUGCAAGCCAUCAUAGGAGACACAACCUCAUCAGCUUGCAUGGCAAUAACAAAGAGUAUCGGACCUUUUAAACUUCCAUUGAUCAGUCAUUAUGCCACUUGUGAGUGUCUCAGUGACAAAAUUAAAUAUCCUUCAUUUCUUCGAACUAUUGCAAGUGAUUACGUUCAGAGCAGAGCACUGGCAGAGCUUGUAAGACACUUUGGUUGGACUUGGGUGGGAGCCUUAAGAACAGACGAUGAUUAUGGUAACAGUGGAAUGGCCACUUUCACUAAAGUCGCUGAGCAGAUGGGCAUCUGUCUGGAAUAUUCUCUCCCAUUUUUCAGAACGUAUCCAGAAGACAAAGUAAUGCGAAUAAUUGAGCAGAUUAAAAGCUCUACUUCUCGAGUAAUUGUGGGAUUUCUUGCUCACUGGGAUUUGGAAGUUCUGCUGCAUAAAUUUGUUGAACACAACAUCACAGGAUUUCAGUGGGUGGGCACAGAGGCCUGGAUCUCAGAUUCAGUCAUUGCCAGUAUGGAUAAGCAUCAUAUUUUACAAGGGGCCAUUGGAUUGGCUAUUCCCAAAACACAGGUGACAGGUCUAAAAGAAUUUAUUCUAGAUAUAAAGCCAUUGAAAUCAUCAGGUAGUGCCAUUUUCAGUGAGCUUUGGGAAGCUUUGUUUGAGUGUAAAUACUCCACUAAAAAUGAUUCAACAUUCACAACUAAAUGUACAGGAAAUGAAGAACUUUCUCAGGUGCAAAACCUAUUCACAGACAUGUCACUCAUGCCCAUCUUCAGUAAUGUGUAUAAAGGAGUCUAUGCUGUUGCUCAUACACUUCAUGAUCUUCUGGGCUGCGAGGACAAAUGUGCCACAAAGAAACAGCCUGACCCUUCAACAUUUCUGAAGCACCUGAGAAAAGUGCGUUUCAAAACCAAAGAUGGUGAGCAAGUUUACUUUGAUGAAAACGGAGAUCCAGUUGCAAAAUAUGAGAUAAUAAACUGGCAACCAAGUAAAAAACAACACUACGAUUUUGUUACUGUUGGACUUUAUGAUGCCUCUUUCCACGGGUUGGAACGUUUAGCUGUGAAUAUGACUUCAAUUUUAUGGACAAAAAAUUCUGCACAGGUGCCUGUGUCUGUGUGCAGUGAGAGUUGUGCUCCUGGCACUAGAAAGGCUGUGCAGAAAGGAAGACCUGUAUGUUGUUAUGACUGCAUACCAUGCACAGAAGGUGAAAUCAGCAACACUACAGAUUCUGUAACAUGUCUGCGAUGCAAUGAAGACUUUUGGUCAAAUCUACAAAACAAUGGAUGUGUUCAGAAGGAGACUGAAUAUUUGUCUUAUGAGGAGAUCAUGGGAAUUUUGCUCACAACUAUUUCUAUUUUUGGUGCAUUUACAACAAUGAUAACCGCAGUCAUUUUCUUCAGAUAUAAAAACACUCCUAUCGUAAAAGCCAACAAUUCUGAAUUAAGCUUCCUACUUUUAUUUUCCUUAAUGCUGUGUUUUCUCUGUUCACUUACUUUUAUUGGUCGCCCCAGUGAGUGGUCCUGUAUGUUGCGUCACACAGCAUUUGGGAUCACUUUUGUCCUCUGUAUCUCCUGUGUUCUGGGGAAAACAAUAGUGGUGUUAAUGGCAUUCAGGGCCACACUUCCAGGAAGUAAUGUCAUGAAAUGGUUUGGGCCUCCUCAACAACGACUAAGUGUCCUUGGAUUCACAUUUAUACAAGUUCUUAUCUGUGUGCUUUGGCUAACAAUAUCUCCUCCUUUUCCCUUUAAAAAUUUAAAAUACUUUAAAGAAAAGAUUAUAUUAGAGUGUAACGUGGGAUCAGCUGUAGGUUUCUGGGCUGUGUUGGGUUAUAUUGGACUCCUUGCUAUUUUGUGUUUCUUUUUAGCUUUCCUGGCUCGGAAACUACCUGAUAACUUCAAUGAAGCUAAAUUCAUCACAUUCAGUAUGCUCAUUUUCUGUGCUGUAUGGAUCGCUUUUAUUCCAGCUUAUGUUAGUUCACCAGGAAAAUUCACUGUGGCUGUGGAGAUUUUUGCUAUAUUGGCAUCCACAUAUGGAUUGUUAUUUUGCAUCUUUAUUCCUAAAUGCUAUAUAAUAUUAUUGAAACCUGACAAAAAUUCAAAAAAACAUUUAAUGGGCAAAUCUCCUGCUCUGCCUUCACAUGGGCAUGGCAAAGAAGACAGUGUCACUCCUUCUACUGCUGCUAUAUGCUUAAACUUGCGUGAGUUUAAAUUAGCUCAGACGCUGAUUUUUGCAAUAGAGGAGAUAAACAACAGCACACAGCUGUUACCUGGUGUCACUUUGGGCUAUAAAAUAUAUGAUGCAUGUGGCUCAAUAAGUCAGGCCAUCCUGUCGAGCAUGGCUUUGAUAAAUGGCUUUGAAGAAACUUUACAAAAUGAGUCCUGUUCUAGACCACCAUUUGUUCAAGCCAUUGUUGGAGAGUCAAGCUCUACUCCCACGCUUGCCAUCGCCUCCAUACUAGGCCCUCUGAGUCUCCCUGUGAUCAGUCAUUUUGCCUCAUGUGCAUGCUUGAGUGACAAAAAAAGGUUUUCAUCCUUCUUCAGAACGAUAGCCAGUGAUUAUUAUCAAAGCAUUGUGCUGGCUCACCUUGUCAAGCACUUUGGCUGGACUUGGGUUGGAGCGGUCAGCAGUCGCAAUGAUUAUGGUAACUAUGGAAUGGGGAUAUUUGUAAAGACAGCACAACAAUUGGGGAUUUGUGUUGAAUACUCAGAGACUGUAUUAAGAACCGAUACACAAGAGCAGCUCCUAAAGACACUGGAAGUGGUUAAAAAAGCCACCGCCAAGGUUGUGGUGACUUUUAUAGCAUUCGGAGAUUUCAUCCCGUACAAGAAAUUAAUUGCGCAACAGAACAUUACCGGGAUCCAGUGGCUCGGUACUGAAUCCUGGAUCAAUUCUCAAACUAUUGCAGAUACAGAGGAGAACCGCUUCCUCACCGGAGCCGUGGGCUUUGCCUUACAGAACAUGAAGCUCGUUGGCUUGCGAGACUUUCUUUUGACUGUGCACCCUGAUCAAGAACCAGAAAAUAAACUUUUGAAAGAUUUCUGGGAAACAGCUUUUCAGUGCUCUUUCAGAAACACCGGAGGCAGGACAGGUGGCUGUACUGGCUCAGAACGCUUAACAGAAGUGAAAAAUGAAUAUACUGAUGCAUUAGAGAUGCGCAUGGCAAAUAAAGUUUACACGGCAACUUAUGCUGUCGCACAUGCACUGCAUAAUUUAAUAAAAGAUAAGAGAGAGAAUUAUAAAGAGAAAAGUCAAACUGAAACCAAUUAUGUUUGUGUUUAUUCUCAGGUGCUGGAGUAUAUGAAAGAUGUCAAUUUCACUGCCAAAACAGGUGAGAAAAUAUUUUUUUCGAAUGGUGAUCCUGUGGCGAAAUAUGAUCUGCUCAACUGGCAGCCAACUGAAGAUGGAGGCAUGCAGUAUAAAGUGGUUGGUGCGUAUGACAUCUCACUGCCUCCAGAGCAACGUCUUAAAAUUUAUCAGGAACAAAUCGUAUGGGUUGAGAACAGCAGACAGCUGCCUCUGUCUGUGUGCAGUGAGAGUUGUCCUCCAGGCACAAGGAAGGCUGCACAGAGAGGAAGACCUGUCUGCUGUUAUGACUGUAUUACAUGUGCAGAUGGAGAAAUCAGUAACACUACAGAUUCUAGUGACUGCUUUCCUUGUGAUUUGGAGUAUUGGUCGAAUGAAAGCAAAGACAGAUGUGUUUUAAAAGCGAUUGAGUUCCUUUCCUAUACAGAAAUCAUGGGGAUUGUGCUUUCUCUUUCCGCUCUCAUGGGAGCAUUAGUUACAUCAAUUGUAUCUUUUGUCUUUUAUCUUCAUAAAGAAACACCUAUCGUAAGAGCCAACAAUUCAGAGCUGAGCUUCCUGUUGCUCUUCUCAUUGACUUUGUGUUUUCUCUGUUCACUUACUUUCAUUGGUCGCCCCACUGAGUGGUCCUGUAUGUUGCGUCACACAGCGUUUGGGAUCACUUUUGUCCUCUGUAUCUCCUGUGUUUUGGGGAAAACAAUAGUGGUGUUAAUGGCAUUCAAGGCCACACUUCCAGGAAGUAAUGUCAUGAAAUGGUUUGGGCCUGCUCAACAGAGACUAAGUGUUAUUAUCCUAACUUUAAUACAGGUCAUAAUUUGUGUGCUUUGGUCAAUAAUAUCACCUCCAUUCCCAUAUAAGAACAUGCAUUAUUACCAAGAUAAGAUCAUUCUAGAAUGUAAUUUAGGUUCUGCUGUUGGUUUCUGGGCUGUUCUUGCUUAUAUUGGCUUGCUUUCAGUUUUGUGUUUUGUUUUAGCUUUUCUGGCUCGUAAGCUCCCUGAUAACUUCAAUGAAGCGAAAUUCAUCACAUUCAGUAUGCUCAUAUUUUGUGCCGUAUGGAUCACAUUUUUCCUAGCUUAUGUCAGUACACCUGGAAAAUUUACUGUAGCCUUGGAGAUAUUUGCUAUUUUAGCUUCAAGUUUUGGUUUACUAUUUUGCAUAUUUGCCCCAAAAUGCUACAUAAUUUUGUUAAAACCAGAGCAAAAUACAAAGAAACAUAUGAUUGGGAAAUAG